AUGAUAGCAGCAAGCAUGGACGGCCGACAGCGCUGGCUCGACGGACUUCGCGGUAUUGCAGCAGUGAUAGUGACAUGGUUCCAUUUCACCGUUGGCGAAAUGCAUAUCCCCUACCGCGGAUUCACUGAUACGCCCGCCGAAGAAAACCGACACUUGAUUCAACUUCCUCCAUUCCGCACCGUCUUCGCAGGGACGGCCAUGGUUACCCUCUUCUUCGUUAUUUCUGGAUACUCGGUCCCUCUCGCGAUCAUUCGGCUGCGUGGCCAGAGUAACAACGCCGAGUGCUACCGCAAGCUGACGUCUUCUGCCCUUCGCCGGGUCUUUCGCCUCUACUUGCCUGUGCUUGUUGUCUGUGUCAUAUCCCAGGUGCUUUUCUAUGCCGGGGCCUAUUCGUCGUGGCGCUUUCCUGAGACCGAAGGCUGUCCUGGUGCUCUGCCGUGGUCAUCAAUCUGGCCGCACUUGAAAUGCCUUUCCUUGACUAUUAUGAGUGCCCUUGGAUUCGUUCCGCUGGGGGGCACCCAGGGCCUCAACUCGCAUCUUUGGACGAUGCUUGUCGAACUUCAAGGCUCCUUCGCAUUAUACCUCACGAUCCUUGCCCUGCUCUCCGCUACCUCUCGAGCCCGCUUGACAAUAAUCGCGGUGCUAACCUUUCUGCUCUUCUGGUUUGGAUUCCACGAGUCAUUCUGCUUCUUCUCUGGACUAUUAUUUGCAGAACUCGACUUGAUAGCCCACACGUCCUCAGAAGCGUUCAUCGUCCCAGUUACACAAAAGCCCUCUUCUAGGAGCUCCACACCGUUCAUUGCCGCAAAACUCACCCUCUUCUCAAUCGGAAUCCAUCUCCUAUCCAUGCCGCUCCGGGUAGACCACUACGAAGACUACUGGUAUUCAUCCGAACUCACCAUCCUCCCCUUCUGGAACUACCCCGUCAAACGAAUCAACAGCUGGUACUCAGUCGGUGCAGUCCUCAUCGUCUUUGCAAUCAGAGGACUCCCGGUACUCAAGAGAGCGCUUGAAUCGCCUAUCCCCCAGUUCGCGGGUGAGAUCUCGUUUUCGCUAUAUCUUAUUCAUCAGACGUUUAUCCGCAUUCUGCGUAACCCUAUUCUGGAGAUGGUUUGUCGGACACUGUGGGGGAAGGGGUUUGCUGCGACUAGGGAUGAUGGAUAUGGUAGCCAUGUGUACUAUUUGUCGUGGGUUGUUGCGACGGGGGUGGUGGGUUCGUUGCUUGUUGUUACGGCUGCGCUGAUGACGAGGACUGUUGACCGGCGUUCUAUUGCUCUUGCAUAUAGGUUGGAAGAAAGAUUGUCGGGUCGGUGA